AUGGAUUCAAAGGUCGCAACUCCUAGCUCCUCCUCCUCUGAUCUUCAACUCGACUAUCCUACGCCCGAAGAAUGCCUCCAGAUUUGGGUAAACACGGCAGACUCAUGGAAAGAUUCUCUGACCACGCCUUUAUAUAUCCUCGAGUCUGCGUACCUUAUGACGGUUCCACUUGCAAGAAAUGGUGGCAUGACUACAUGGGUUCUCGUUGACAAGAGUCGGCUGCCAAACGAGCGAGAUAUUCUUUGCUCAUGCGAAAGUUUCCGCAAACGAUCUCUCUUGAGCGAUAAUAUGGGAAACAUAACAGAGGGUAUCGUUCAUGGAAUCGCUAGUGUCUUCUGUCCAGAAGAGUUUCGUGGCCGUGGCUACGCAGCUCGUCACAUGAGGGAGCUAGCGAAAGUCCUACGCGGUUGGCAGUCCGAGAACGGCCAGAUCUUUGGGAGUGUCCCACACUCGGACAUAGGGAAGGAGUACUAUACCAGGUUAGGCUGGACACCGCACUCAGUCAACAAGCAUCUGGUGUUGCCGUCUGCAAAGAUGGAGAGUCCUACGACUUCGCAAUUGGUCUUUGAGUCAGACCUAGAAGGUCUAUGUUCCAGAGACGAGACAAUGAUACGAGACGACAUGGCCAUGCCCAGUGUGUCACGGAACCGAGUGAUCAUUCUACCAGACUUGGAUCACAUGUUAUGGCACAUCCGCAAAGAAGACUUCGCCACUAAACACAUCUUCCGCAAAAAGGCAGCGACAAAGGGAGCAAUAGCUGGAGUGCCUGGGAAACAGGUUUGGGCUAUUUGGGUUCGUCGCUACUAUACGCACCCAGAUUACCAUAGCGGCGAGGAUACAGACGACCCAAAUGUACUUCACAUUCUCCGCCUUGUGGUAGAGGGCGAUGAGACUGCGAACAAGACACGCGAGGGAAACUUCACAGCACCCAUGGAACAGUCCGCGGAGCAGGCAGCGGCGCUGAAGGCUGUCAUGCAAGCUGCUCAGGUAGAAGCGGCGGAUUGGCGUCUGGACCAAGUGCAACUAUGGGAUCCGUCCCCCAUGGUCAAGAGCCUUCUUGACCAAAGCGACCUAAAUCCUGUCGUUGUUGAAAGGCAGACUCAUAGCAUUGCGAGUGUACUGUGGUUCGAGGACGGCGAAGGUCUGGGAUUAGAGAAGGCUCUGGUUCUGACCAACAAUGAGCACUAUGCCUGGUGUUAG